AUGGAGUUGUCACGUCUUCUUCUCCUCUGCCUGGUGACCGUGUGGGUGCUCGCCCCCCCCGCCGCCGCCCCCACCACCGCAGACGUCCCGGUGUCACUGAGUCCCGGCUGCGCAAGGAACGCGAGAUGCGGCGGCAUCGACGUCCCGUACCCGUUCGUCAUAGACGAGCAGUGCGAGAUCCGCCCUGGCUUCUACCUCAACUGCACGACCGAGGGCGGCACCACGACGCUGUUUCGUGGUCACCCUAACUUUGAGGUGACCAAGAUCUCCGUGCAGGAUAACAAGGUCUGGUUCAAGACCUAUAUCUCUCGGCAGUGCUACAACGAAUCGACCAAGGACAUGAUGUACAACGACGCGAUGCUGAACAUCACCAACUUGCCUUACGUGCUAUCGGCAGAUGAUAACAAAAUCAUCGUUCUCGGGUGCAACAGUCUUGCCUACAUGCUCAGCAACACUUACGCAGUCGGAUGCUUGUCCACAUGCAAAGAUACAAUCCCUAAGGUAAACGGCUCAUGCUCUGGUAAGGCGGGGUGCUGCCAGAUGGACCUCCCGAGGGGUGUGCGAUAUUAUCACGGAUACUUCAACCCAUUAUACAACACCACUCAAAUAUGGAGGACAAAUCCUUGCAAUUAUGUCACAGUGAUGGAAAGCGCCGCCUUCAACUUCAGCACCACUUACCUCACCUCAAGUGUGUUCUAUGAUAGAGACCAACGGAGGACACCGGUUGUCAUGGAAUGGUCGAUUGCACCAAAUACUACAUGUGAAGAAGCCAAAAUCAAUCAGACAUCUUAUGCGUGUGUUAGCAACAAUAGCUAUUGUUCCACGAAUGAUGCGGGAUAUGUUUGUAAGUGCUCAGAUGGAUACCAAGGAAAUCCUUACAUCAUAGAUGGAUGCACAGAUAUUAAUGAGUGCAUUGUUCCAAACCGGUGUCCUGCUGGAAAUUGCAUAAAUACACUUGGGAGCUUCACUUGUUUAUGCCCACGAGGACAAAGCAUGAUCGGUGAUGUUUGCAUGAAAAAUCAGAAGUCAACGUGGAUGGCUCCAGUGGUUGGUGCAAGUAUUGGAGUUGUGGUUCUUGUGGUUGCGGUCACUUGUGCAUACUUGAUCCUAGAAAGACGAAAGCUCCAACACAUCAAACAAAAGUAUUUUCGACAGCAUGGUGGCCUACUGCUAUUCCAAGAGAUGAAGUCGCAACAAGGACUUCCAUUCGAAAUAUUCUCUGAAGAAGCACUACAGCAAGCCACAGACGGGUUUGCAGAACAACAAGUCAUUGGCCAUGGAGGCCACGGAAAAGUUUAUAAGGGAGUUAUGAAGGACGAUAUGGAAGUUGCCGUGAAAAGAUGCAUGACAAUUGAUGAACAACAGAAGAAAGAAUUCGGUAAGGAGAUGAUAAUCCUAUCCCAAAUCAACCAUAGGAACAUUGUAAAGCUCCUCGGUUGUUGCUUGGAGGUUGAAGUCCCCAUUUUGGUGUAUGAGUUCAUCCCAAAUGGCACAUUGUUCCAUCUCAUCCAUGACAACCGUAGCCGGCACAUUUCCUUGGACACUCGACUAAGGAUUGCUUAUGAGUCUGCAGAUGCCUUAGCCUAUCUUCAUUCAUGUGCAUCCCCGCCCAUCCUCCAUGGUGAUGUCAAGUCUACCAACAUCCUUUUGAAUGGUGACUUAACAGCAAAAAUAUGUGACUUCGGCGCAUCCAUUCUAGCACCAAGCGACGAGUCACAAUUUGUAACGCUUGUCCAAGGAACAUGCGGCUACCUUGAUCCAGAAUACAUGCAGACAUGGCAAUUAACAGAUAAGAGUGAUGUUUACAGCUUUGGAGUUGUUCUCCUAGAGUUGCUCACACGCAAGAAGGCGUUCAACCUCCAAGGACCUGAGCACGAGAAGAGCCUAUCUAUGGUGUUUCUAUGUGCAAUGAAGGAGAACAAGCUAGAGGAUAUCCUGGACGAUGAAAUCAAGAAUAGCGAGAAUUUGGAGAUUCUCGAGGAGAUUGCAGAGUUAGCAAGACAAUGCUUAGAGAUGUGCGGCGCAAAUAGACCAUCAAUGAAGGAAGUUGCAGAUAAACUUGAUAGACUGAGGAAGGUCUUGCAAAAUCCAUGGGCACAUAAGGAUCCUGAAGAGUGGGACAACUUGCUUGGAGAGUCAUCUUUGGUUAACUCAGGGGCUCUUAGUACGGGGAAUUUCAGCAUCACGAAGAGAGUUGCUAUGGGCUUAGAAUCAGGGCGUUAA